UUUAGUCAGUCGACGUCAGGAGGCCAGACAGUGAAGAUGUUGUCAGUGACUGUGCUCAUCGCCGGGCUUGCCCUUGCUGCGGGAUCUCCCCAGAGAAAUCAACUGGACAACUUCUCAGGCUCACAGUUCCUCUGCCCGGAGCCCUACGGGUACUUCGCGGAUCCCUACCAGUGCGACAAGUACUACGAGUGCAGCGACGACAUCCCUACGCCUCUCUUGUGCGAAGAUGGAAAAGUCUAUGAUGAGUUCAAGGGCAAGGCAGGCCACGUCGAUCCUUGCGACAUCCCUUACGUGGUUGACUGUGGAGAACGGUCCUUGAUGCAACCCGCAUCCAACUUCAGCGUCUUCUGCCCCCGCCUUCACGGUAUCUUCGCCGACAACCAGUUCUGCGGCAAGUACUACACCUGCAUCGACGGCCUGCACACCGUCACCGAGUGCCCUGCCGGCCUGCACUUCGACAGGAAGACCGGCACCUGCGCUUGGGCGGCCGCGGCAGGAAGGACUAACUGCGGGGACGAGAGGAAAUGCAUCAACGAUUUCUGCUGCGAGGGCGCCAAGGACUUCACUGACUUCGAGGGCCGGCCCGUGCCCCACCCCGCCUUUGCCAACCUGGAUGACUGCCAGAAGUUCUACGUGUGCCACAACGGCGUCACCCCUCAGGAGGCCUCCUGCAGCCUCGGCCAGGUUUUCAACGACGUCACUAUGAUGUGCGACUACCCGGAGAACGUGGCCGCCUGCCUCGGAUGGUACAGGGAUCACCCAGCCUUUGCCGAUUAUUACGAUGACGCCGGCAACCCCAUCAACCCCGCUGACGAAAGCGUGGAUGUUGUCGCGUAAAAGACUCACGUGUCUGGGCAGUGCAUUUCCUCCUCUUCCGAUGCAGCUUUCCUUCCUCAUUUCAUGAUUUUCUUGCCGAAUGAUAUCUUGGCUAGAGUGUUCCGUUGCAUUUGUUUUUAAUGUAGUCUGAAAUGUUUCGGGAAUUUGCAUUAUAUUAUUCUUGCUUGUAUAUACGUUUCGGCUUCGAUAUCAUUGUAUAAUUAUUUUGUGUUGGCAAUACCUUAUGCGAUACUACAAUACUUGCAUUUGAUAUUGUUGUUGCUAAGAAGCCCAAAAAGGCCACAAGCUUUCGGAUUGUAUAUUUUGAAUGUGCGUUAAGUUUCUUUUGAAGAUUAUUUCCAAUUUUGUGUGAUUACUCAAAUGGAAAAUCUGAUUUUCUUGAUGAAGUAUCUCGGCUGAUUUAUUUUAACUUCCUUGGGUUCGUACAUCAAACGCAUGAAUAGCGCAUGUCACUCCUUAUCCAGACUCUAUAAUAACAGUAAAUAACAGAUUAACAGAAUAAAAUGUGGGAUGACAGAAAUAACAACUCAAGAUACUUCACUCGCCUGUCUCCAAAGCAUGUUAUCUGUUUCCAUGAAGUAUUUAAAGCAUGUGGUAUUUUAUUCUUUUUUUUUCUCGAGAUUUUUUGCAGUCUCUCCUGUUCUUUCAGCAUGAAAGCCAUCUUCCCGUUUUCGUAACAAAAUUUUCCACCUCUAACACCGUUUUCUUUCAGCAGUCCUUAGUUCGUCGGUAUCACCUGGCGUUCUUCUAUCACUAAUUUCUUUUCUUGUGAUUUUGUAUUUUACGUAUAAUCGCAUGUUCCCUUACUUCAUCUUUCCUUUAAUACCAAUAAAAUGUUCUUAUUGGCCAUUCUAGAAGCAUGUCAUCCCCGUUUUCUUUACAGUGCUGACUUUUACAAGAACAACCCCCUCUUCGAUGUUGUGUAUGACGACGCGGAUGGGGACGGCAGCCCAGAUUUUGGUGUUCGCCGCGACUUUUCGCAAACUUCCAUUAACUAACUGUCAGUCCUCACCUUCCGUCAUUUGGAACUUAACUUGUAAACUGUACCUAUGCAUG